GUUAGCCUAUCUCAAAAAUGGGCAUGUGUGUUGAGUGUAAAGCAAUAAUGAUAAUGGGCUCGCCAAAACCGGCUGGUAUAAAUUAGCAAUAAUAACAAUAAUAUUAAUACUGCAUAAAGGGAAACCAGAACACUCCGUAUACGUACACGUUUCCAUUAUGUAUAAUAGUGAAAAGAAGGGGUUCGGUUUUCAUUUAGACGAGUAGAUCAAAAAGAUCCGUCCCAAUCCAUUCGCUGAGUUGGUUGACGGGACAAGCAUGUUUGAAUUUCGCCUGUGUUGGUUCAUAUUGUUUGCACAAUUCAGGGAUAUGCGUCUAUUCAAAGACUUUAACGAUUAUCCUCUCGUCGCUGCUCAGCCGAUGCGAUACCUGGCCGACGGUUCUCAAAUACCGUUACUGUCUCUUCUGCAGGACAGAUCGGCGAACGCGGUUAACAAUCAGAGACGUCACCGCGGGAAACACGUUUAUACGGAUUGGUCGGAUUGGUCGGAUUGGAGCUCGUGUUCGGAUAGAUGUACCACGGUCAGACAAAGACAUUGUUUACGAUCGAAAAUUUGUGGAUCGAACGUCGUUACCGAAUCAUCUUAUUGUUUUGUGACCGGUUCGAGAUGCCCGGGGCUCGUGACGAAUUACUACAAACGGCUCAACACAAGUUUCUCGAACAAAGUCUUAGGCAACGCGUAUGAUGUGUCCGUGAAUUCUACAUGUGGUGUUACUGUUGCUUCUGCUACCAUUCCCAGUUUUAAGACUCCUAGGUUUUUAAUUAAAAUAAUGGGAGGUCAAGAAUCUGAGAAAUUUCAUUGGCCUUGGCAAGUCGCGGUGUUAAAUGGAUUUCAGGAGAUAAUUUGCGGCGGUACCCUCGUGGCUCCUGGUUGGGUGCUCACAGCUGCGCAUUGUUCUAGACGAAAAUUAUUCGUGAUAUUAAAAGAAUACGAUCUAUCUGUUAAUGAAGGCGAUGAGAUCAGAGCGAGGGUUGAACGUAUUAUAAUACAUCCCAGAUACAAUCCAAAUACAAUUGAUAAUGAUAUGGCUCUGUUAAAAUUACGUGUCUUGGACUUAGAAAUAUAUGGUGGACUAAACUUGCAGCCAGCUUGCCUUCCGCCCUCUGAUUUUCAACGGCGGAAACGGAAGCCUAAAAUGUGCGUAGUUAUUGGAUGGGGAAAAGUGCAAUCUCAAGAUCCUUAUGGAUCUCAAAUACUUCGUGAAGCUAGGGUUCCCAUCGUUAGUCGGCGGACUUGCCGAUCCGCGUAUUGGCGGUAUCAGAUCACUGACAAUAUGUUCUGUGCGGGUUACAGAGACGGACGCUCGGACACCUGUUCCGGUGACUCAGGUGGGCCACUUCUGUGUAAAAUGCGGGGCCGGUGGACGGUGGUGGGUGUUACAAGUUUUGGAUAUGGCUGUGGUCGGCGAGGCAAGUACGGGAUCUACGCCAAUGUGGCCAACCACGUGAGCUGGAUCUCGUCCGUGACAAAGAUGUCUGGUUAUCAGUGAUCCGGCGAUGACUUCCGAAAGAAGUGAUUGAAUAAACUCCUUUAAAAUAGUUACCUGAUCUUGUUCAUUUAUAUAUUUUUUUGUAUGUAAUUCUACAUAGAAAAUGUUUUUUUUUUCAAAAAAAAAAAGUUGAAAAUUA